UCCGAGUGGCUGGGAACACGAGCACGGUCGAGAUAUCAGGGGACGGCAACAAUCGGUGAACUUACAUCUGUCAAACUUCGAUCUAUAUUCGUCGUUCUCCGCCGAAUCCUGAACCGUCUCGACAACGUACCUAACAACUUUUCUGCUUAUAGAGGUCUAUUGGUGGGCAAGCUGCUCUUGUUUACUUACCUGUAACGUGUAUAUUUCUGACGUAAGAGUUUGGAACUUGGUAAAGCUUAGCAACACGAGACAAUAACGUUUUCGUGGGCAUCGCCAUAUUUGUUGGAAGAUUGAGCAUGCGCCGUAGCUGCUGUGUCCCAUGUCUGUCUUUGGAUUUGGCUACAACGGAUUUCGGCAGAUUUGUCAAGACGAUUGCUUUUUAAAAAAUCUUCCCGUUUUUACUGGAUUGCUGUUCAAUACUAGCAACACUAAGCUUGCCCUAUCUUGGAGUACAAGCUUUGCUGUCACAGAGGAAGAGGACGUAUCUGUAUGGGGUUGGACUAAUGAUGGGUCAAAGUCAAAAUCGUGGAUAAGUAAAUUGGUUGUUCCAGGAUAUGGACAUUGUAGAUGGACAGAUGCUACAUGCCCUUGCGGUAGUGGUGGAAUGGAGAAGCUGGUACUUUACUCGAGAAAAGACAAGUUGCUUUUGUGGCUUACAGAAUGUGAUGCCGAGAGCAAAGUUUGUGGGAGUAGCAAUAGAUUAGUUGGAAAAGUUGAUUUGUCACCAGCAGCUGAGAUCUGCUCUAUUGCUUGCAACAGGGAACAAAUAUGGGCAAGCGAUGGUAAUGGUGCAGUGUUCACUUCCUGCUUUUCACCUGUAUCUGUUACAUCCAAAAUUGCAGAAGAAACGAAUGACAAUUCACAAAUUGUUUCUUCAACAGUGAAACCUGUCUCUUUGCAGAGACUAGUAUCUUUUUCUCAUAGAGUAGUCCAGGUUGCUUGUGGUAUUGAUCACACUAUACUGUUGACGGCAACUGGAGUGGUGUAUAGCUGUGGCAUUGGAAGUCGUGGUCAACUUGGUCUUGGAGACAUAAAAACGCAUACAACUCCCCAGGUCAUUGAUCUCUUAGGUGGCAUCAAUGUAAUCAGAAUUUCAACUGGCGGUUGGCAUUCUCUAGCUUUGACAGACUUGGGUAGUGUGUACAGCUGGGGUUGGAACUCUAGUGGUCAGUUGGGUGUGUCUGGUGAUGGAAAAGAGGACAGCAACGACUCCAUAGGAAAGUUUGGGGCUUUUCCAGAAAUGGUGGACUUUCCGCUAGAAUGUGAUAUUGUGCAAUUGGCAUGCGGUUCAAGACAUUCAGCUGCUGUGACGAGAGAUGGCUUAUUGUUCACAUGGGGCUGGGGUGCUUAUGGUCAGUUGGGUCAUGGAGACACGUCCAAUAAAAUCUGUCCGACUAUUGUACAGAAACUGAAAGAUGACGGUCUGUUUGUGGCAUCAGUUUGCUGUGGGUCAUGGCAUACGCUUACGAUUACAAAGAAUCUUGGACAUGGCUGCAGCAGUGCUGAUAGUACUUCACUUGACUUGUAGGCACAGAGACAGUAGGUCUACCUGUGUUUGAAGUAUACUAAAAAAACUGAAAUUUUUAUUAACAAACUUUGGUUGGAUUACAAAGAGUGGGGCUUGUACAGGAUUUUUGAUGUAGUGCUACUGAGACGAGACUAUAGAUAUAUGGAUCGACACACAGGCAGUCAAUCAUUCAAACAGAUAAAUGUUGGUUGCGUCUUUGAAUCUAUUGACAGACAGUCUAUCAACUUUAUUAUCAGUCAGACUAUCAUUCAUGUUUAUCAGUUUAAUUGAAUCAGGUUGGGAGUAAAGUUGCAUAAUUAACAUUUAGUCUUGUGCGAAGACUCAGAAGACACAGUUUACAGCAAUGUAUUUACUAUUUUGUAACUAAAUUGAUUUAAUAGUAAAUUAGACAACGUAUCUUAGAGUAUGUGCGUGUACAUGAACUUUGAAUAUGUCAGUAUAGGAGCAAGGCGAU